AUGGCACCAACAUUAAUGGCAGCCCGACGGGUGGCUCCCCGAGCCUUUGGAACUGCUACACAGCAGGUUCGUGGUAUGGCCACCGAAAAGCAAAUUUUCAACCAAAUCAAUGCGACAAAAAACAUCCAAAAGAUUACGAGUUCGAUGAAGAUGGUUUCCGCCGCCAAGUUGAAGGGAGAUGAAACUCGAUUGACAAAGGCCAUUCCCUUCAACCAAUGGUCCUUUGCACUCUGCCCGGAACCCGUCGAAGUUGAAGAUGCGACAUGUCCCUACGAUGACCUUCCCCAGAAGUCACUCCUCGUCCCCUUUACUUCCGACAAGGGUCUCUGUGGUGGUAUCAACUCGUUCAUCUCACGUGCUACCAGAGAGUGCGUCAAGAAACUCCAUGCAGCGGGAAAGGAAGCCGACGUUGUCGUCAUUGGAGACAAGGGACGUGGACAAAUGCGUCGUUUUGUACCUGACCAGAUUGUCCGAUCCGCCACGGAAGUUGUAGCCCCCGGGACCUUUUCAUUGGCAUCUGCCUUGGCGGCCGAACUCAUGGCUGCUGGUGCCAUGGAGUACGAUGCUGUCGUCUUGAUUUACAACUCGUAUGUCAACGCCGCCGUCUACAAACAGAAAUACAAGAUCGUCCCACCCUUUGUCUUUGAAGGCGAAUCUGAAGUCAGUCUCUCCACCUACGAUUUCGAUUCCGACAAGGACGAAGCCAUGGCCGAUCUGUACGAAUUCAUGUUGGCCUCCCAGAUCUUUCACUCCUUUAUGGAUGGAGCCGCCGCCGAACAGUCCUCCCGAAUGACUGCCAUGGAAAACGCUUCCAAAAAUGCCGGUGAAAUGAUCGACUCCUUGACCCUUCGAGGACUGGCCAAUAAUCACAAUAGAGUUUGGUAA